AUGCCACCGCCUGUGGGCAGAUACGGGCCCUCGGCCUUGAACACGCCCUUUGGCCAUCUUCAACAAGCUCACCAACUACAGCAACAACAGACACAACAGCAAUCACAAUCACAACAUCAUGCCGCCCAUACACAAUCCGUCAACGCCGCACUCCCGCCUCCUUCGUUAGGUGGUCACCCUGGUUUCAGCUCUGUGGCUUCCAGUUCGACUGCCAACCCGUUCGGACUCGGUAGCACAAAUGGUCUUGGUGCUUUCGGUGCUGAUGCUGCUAAUGGGACGGGGCUCGCCAGUCAUGCAGCACAGAUGGGCUUUGUUCGAGGCGCGCAAAUGCAGCAGCAGGCACUUCACCAGGCUCAGGAUGGAAGGUUAGUUUUGGAAGGCAAAGCCAACCCGAUAAAGACUCGCAUUCGCGACGUGUGGAAACAUAAUCUGGCACAAGAAAUGGCAGUGCUAAGACGGCUGGUGGAGCGAUAUCCAUAUAUCAGCAUGGAUACUGAAUUUCCCGGUAUCGUUGCUCGACCGAUGGGCGCCUUCACAACAAAAGCAGACUACCAUUAUCAAACCUUGCGCUGUAACGUCGAUCUUCUCAAAAUGAUUCAACUCGGUAUUACGUUAUUCUCCGCAGAAGGUGAACUGCCGCCUGCAACACCAACAGAAGCCAACGGCCAGGGCUACGGCGGUAACUACGGACCAGCACCAUGUACCUGGCAGUUCAACUUUCGAUUUUCGUUAGAAGACGACAUGUACGCCCAAGACUCGACGAGCAUGCUGGCAAAAGCGGGUAUCGAUUUCUCCAUGCACGAAAAGAAUGGGAUCGACCCGAUUGAGUUUGGUGCGCUUCUAAUGAGUUCUGGGCUGGUUCUCUUAGACGACGUUCACUGGAUUUCGUUCCACUCUGGUUACGAUUUUGGCUACCUGAUGAAGAUAAUGCUUUGCAAACCUCUUCCAGAAGACGAAGAGGAGUUCCACAAGUUGCUGAGGAUUUUCUUCCCUUCUCUCUACGACAUUAAAUAUCUCAUGAAACACGCUGGCCGAAACCAGACCGCCAAUGACUCUCCCUUAACUCCUGCAGCACUUCAAGUGAUCAAUAAUCUAGGCCAGAAAUCUGGUCUACAGGACAUUGCUGACGAGCUUGGCGUCAAGCGAGUGGGUAUUGCCCAUCAAGCUGGGUCAGAUUCUCUCGUCACGGGCGAGAUAUAUUGGAAAAUGCGACAAAUCGUGUUUAAUGGCACGAUAGACGAAUCCAAAUMCUCGGGCCAGGUUUGGGGACUUAACGGUCAACUMCCCGCCAUGACCACCUACUACGCACAACAAACACCUAAUCUCAACGGCGCUACCAUCUACUCCGCUACAGGGACACCCAGUACACCCAACAACGCAAACACGAAUGCGGGCGGUAGUGCUCAAACACCAUCACAUAUUGGAGCAGGAGCUUUGACUCCCGGUGGAGGAGGCGGAGUUUUUGGGGCGUUUCAGAUGGGGAAAUCAUGA